UGACAGAUGCUACAAAAAAGCAUUGGGGUUGUUGCUAUGCACAUGCAACUUCUUCACAAUGAUCGUAUUGUAAUAUUCGAUCGUACUGAUUUUGGUUAUUCUAACCUCUCUUUACCAAACGGACAGUGCCGUCAUGAUCCAGCCGAAUUAGUUGUGAAAGAUGAUUGCACUGCCCACUCUCUUGAGUAUGAUGUCUUAUCAAACACUUUCCGUCCAUUAUUUGUCAAAACUAAUAUUUGGUGUUCCUCUGGCUCAGUUAGGCCCAAUGGAUCACUCGUUCAAACCGGUGGCUACAACGAUGGAAAUCGCAACAUACGAAUCUAUAGUCCUUGCCCGACAUGUGAUUGGAGUGAAAUCGACGGCGGACUUUCUGCCGAGAGAUGGUAUGCCACCAGCCAUAUCCUCCCUAAUGGUAGUCAGAUUGUUGUUGGUGGUAGGGGGCAAUUCAACUAUGAGUUUUAUCCCAAAAGCAAUGAUAUCAAUGCAAAUUAUAGUUUAUCAUUUUUGGCUGAGACCAAUGAUCCUGAGCAAGAAAAUAACUUGUAUCCUUUUGUUUUUCUCAAUGUCGAUGGUAACCUCUUUAUCAUGGCCAACAAUAAAUCUAUUCUCUUCGAUUAUACUAAGGGUAUGGUGGUGAAAACAUUUCCAGAAGUCCCAGGUGGGGAUCCUAGGAAUUAUCCAAGUACUGGUUCUGCUGUUUUAUUGCCAUUAAAGAAUCUAGAAGCAAAAAAUUUGGAAGCUGAGGUUUUGGUUUGUGGAGGAGCAUCAAGAGGGUCUUAUUUACAAUCAAAAAAGGAAGUGUUUCUUAAAGCAUUGAAUACAUGUGCUAGGAUCAAAAUAACUGACCCUAAUCCACAAUGGGACAUGGAGACUAUGCCAUCGCCUAGAGUCAUGAGUGACAUGGUGAUGCUUCCAAAUGGUAACAUUUUGAUAAUUAAUGGGGCUUCUUCGGGGACAUCUGGAUGGGAACAAGGUCGUGACCCGGCUCUAACCCCAUUUCUUUACCGAACAAAUAAUCCAAUUGGGUCGAGAUUCAAAUUGCAAAGAUCAUCGGAGACGCCUCGAAUGUAUCAUUCCACUGCUGUUUUGGUUCGUGAUGGGAGGGUUUUGGUUGGUGGUAGUAACCCUCAUUCGGGUUACAGUUUCACAAAUGUUUUGUUUCCAACUGAGCUUAGCAUUGAAGCAUAUUCACCUUCGUAUCUAAGCGAUCGUUUAUCAAAUUAUCGUCCGAAAAUUAUGUCUCUUGAUUCUAAGACUCAAAUGGAAUUAAAGUAUGGUCAGAAAUUGGAGCUUCAAUUUCAAGUGAACAGAACAUUAAAAUACUUGAAUUUAGUACAUGUCACAAUGUUGUUGCCGCCUUUUAAUACACAUUCAUUCUCAAUGAAUCAAAGGUUGUUGGUGUUGGAGCAAAAUAAAGUAAAUCGUGUGAACGGAACAACAUAUGAAAUUGAAGUUACCGUGCCGAAUUCACCUAUUCUUGCACCUCCAGGUUUUUAUCUACUAUUUGUGGUAAACGCACAAAUUCCUAGCGAGGGUAUUUGGGUACAUAUACUUUGA